GAUCCCGGCCACAACACACCGCCUCUCCCCGUGCUCUCAGCCCGCCUCCGGAGCUCCUGUCUGCGGUCUGACACUGGCCGUUAACCGCUGCUGCUGCGGGAGGGUUAUGUUCUCCUCGAGCCCCCUGGAGGACUCGACACCGGCGGAGCAUUAACCCAUGGCGGCAGAGACCCAAGGCGAACCCAGGGAUCGGAAGCCAUCUUUGCAGGGCUCCAUCGAGGCUUUUCAAGAUGUGGUCAGCUCAGCGGUCAUCAUCCCGAAAGAGGACGGGGUUAUCAGCGUGUCCGAUGACAGGACUAUUCGAGUUUGGUUGAAGAGAGACAGUGGUCAGUACUGGCCCAGCGUCUACCACACAAUGCCCUCCUCGUGCACGUGUAUGUCCUUUAACCCAGAGACCAGGAGGUUGUCUAUUGGAAUGGACACUGGAAGCAUCUGUGAGUUCAUCCUGUCAGAGGAUUACAAUAAGAUGACUCCAACCAACACCUACCAGGCUCACCAGGGUAAAGUGUCUGUGGUCCUGUUUGUGUUGGAGAUGGAGUGGCUGCUCAGUACAGGGCAGGACAAAAGCUUCACGUGGCACUGCUCCGAGAGCGGGCAGCAGCUGGGCACACACCGCACCUCCUCCUGGGUCUCCGGACUCCAGUUUGAUAUGGAGACUCGUCAUGCAUUUGUGGGGGAUCAGUCUGGACAGGUGACCAUCCUGAAGCUGGAGCAGGACUCAUGCAGCCUGGUCACCACCUUCAAGGGACACACUGGUAACGUGACAGCGCUGUGCUGGGACCCUGUUCAGAGGGUGCUGUUUUCAGGGAGCUCAGAUCACUCCAUCAUCAUGUGGGACAUCGGGGGCAGGAAGGGCACUGCCAUUGAACUGCAGGGGCACAGUGAGAAGAUCGAGGGCUUGUGUUAUGCUUCUCACACUCGACAACUCAUCUCCUGCAGCUCAGACGGAUCCAUCGUUGUCUGGAACAUGGACGUCACACGACAAGAGACUCCUGAGUGGUUGGACAGUGACUCAUGUCAGAAAUGUGAGCAGCCGUUUUUCUGGAACUUCAAACAGAUGUGGGACAGUAAGAAGAUCGGCCUCAGACAGCACCACUGUAGAAAGUGCGGUCAGGCGGUGUGUGGAAAGUGCUCUUCGAAGCGCUCGGCGAUUCCUCUGAUGGGUUUUGAGUUUGAGGUGCGAGUUUGCGACAGCUGCUAUGGCUCCAUCACAGAAGAGGACCGGGCGCCCACAGCCACCUUCCAUGACAGCAAGCACAACAUUGUUUACAUGCACUAUGAGCCCACCACAGGCUGCCUGCUCACCUCUGGUACAGAUAAAGUCAUCAAGCUGUGGGACAUGACGGCUGUGGUGUCCUGAAGUCUUUCAGAAUGUGACAGUGGACAACAGGAAGUAUUCUCUGUUUUGUCGAGCAGCUGGAAAAUGUUUAACAGGAAUUUUGUGGUGCACGUUUACAUCAAGAGUUACUGCAAGACGGACACAGAGUUAAGCCUAUUCUGUAUAAGGCUGUGAGGGUAGUGUUCUAUUGUAGCAGUAAUACUUAAAGGUCCUGUACCAGAUUUUUUUCCCCAUGUAUUUGAGAAAAAUGGUCUUGCCCCAGACAGUACAGACAUGUUAUGUAAGCAGGUCUUUUGAUCAAAAUAAGUCUGCUGCAUCUGCAUCUAAUUACAAAGCGUUUUAUUUUCAGUGAAUCAGGAAGUACAGUUAGCAUGGUAGUUGUUUUUAGCUUUUCUGUCACAGCAAACUCCGCACUGGCUUCUGAAAGUUGUGUGAAGUGCUUAUAAACUCAUCAAAGUGAAUAAUUAGGAUGCUCUGAAUGCGUCUGGUAAGUGAAGAAUAACUUUGGACCAUUGCAAACGGUUUGAAAUUAACUAGUUCUGUUUUUCACUUUUUUUUAAGACUGUAAAAAUCAGGUACAACCUUUAAAUUAAUCAAUUAAUUAUUAUUGAUAGUUUUUCAUUCAGCAUUAACAGUGUUUUAGUUUGGUCCAUUUCAAUGCAGACAUCAUGUACAGCCUACAGGGGGAACCGGGGAGUAAGUGUCAACAAUUCAUUAGCAAGCAGAACUGUAAAAAUAACAUACUUUCUGAUGUCUUUUUGAUUUACAAGCUAUUAAUGUGAAUUUGAAUGAGAUUUCAAUGUAUUCUUAUACUGGUAUUGCUCAAAAAUUACGCUGUGCUCUGUAUAAUUGUAAAUCUUAACUUUUGCAAGGCAUGAAUCAUGAAGUUACACUGUAACUUUUAUGGAGAUGAUAUUUCUUUGCCUGAAAUGUUGCGCAGUCUGGUAUUAAACUUAGCUAUCUUGCAUUUAUUCAGUUACAGGUGUUUUUAUUUCUCAAAAAAUGGCUUGAAAAGUAGGCAUUCUUACUGGGAGUGGGUUUGCUUUUCCACAAAUCUGAUCUAUAAAUUGUUCUGGUUGUGCCACUUGCUUGUCUCAAUGGAAAUGUUUAAUGCCAUACUGUGGAACAUUCCAGGCCAAGCAAAGCCAAAGUGCACCUUUAAGAAUACUUUAUCUAUAGCUGUGGGCAUUACUGAAUCAUGAUUUGCACCAACUUAUGCAGUGUAUUCAGAUCAUGUGUGAUUUCUGUUUUUUAUUUCUUUUUCUCUUAAAGCUGUGUAAAAAUGUAAACUAUUGUCUUUUUUCUGUUUACGGUAAAUCUGAAGAGCUAAAUCAAGUGCAAUCAUACAGAGUAUGAUCACAAACCCAUUAGUGUUGUACUCAGUUGGAGUUUUUGUAUCAUGCUACAUAUUACUAAUGCUGUCACAACUGUAUUACUGAGUAUCACAACAUCAACAUGUUAGAAUGUUGUUCCAUGAUCAAAAACAGACCUGGAGUUGUGUUUUGUUUCAUUCACACAUGUUUGUAACCCUUUAUUAUUAGUCUGUCUACAUCAAAGCUCAAAAUGCUCUGUUCCACUUGGUGAUGUCAUGAAGCAGUAGUUUUCAAGUUAACAGCUCAGUUUUACCUUUACUUUAGUAGAGAUUAGCAAUUCAAUGGCUGAAAUUAUCUAAAUGAUUCUAGUGAAGAUGUUUGGAGUUUAAAAACACAGUGGAGCACUUCCUGUAUUACCACAUGACAUCACAAGGUGGAACCAAGUGUGAAUGAAACAAAACACAACUCCAAAACUCCAAGUAUGUUUUUGAUGAGGGAACAACAUUAUAACAGAUCAUGAAACAACAAGAUUUGUCAUUUAAUAGAGAUGAGGAAAGUAAUUUAAUAAUAAUUUGUGGAUUUGUCAUACAAAAUAUCUAAACCAAAUGAAUAGGGAAAACUGAUUACUGCAAAUCUUCAAUCAGCAUAUGGAUUUAUAACAUUCUUUAUUUUUUACAAACUUUCCUCUGAUUUGAGGGCACUAUGUAACUUUCCUGGUGAAGUGUUAUAUUGCUCAAAAUUCCAUGUAGUUUUACUGUUCCCUUUUGUCAUUUGCUUGUCUCCAUGGAGAUAGCAAAGGCACAGCACUAACUUCUCUAUUGGUGGUUUCAGAUGUGAUGAUGUCGUAUGCCCCGAUGGGGGGCAGCAGCCAAGUUUUUCCUAUUGUUUUUUCAAUUGUACUUUGCCAAGAAAUAUCCAAAAGGUAAAUGUACAAAUGUGGAACCUGAUUUCUAUUAGUGACUAGACCAAAGAGUUCACUGAAUUACAACAAAAAUCUGCAUUUCAACCAUAUUCAUUUUACCUGCCCUCAUCGGUAUUAAAUAUUACUUGCUUAUAGAAUGUUAUGAUAUCAACUGCAACCCAGCAAUUGAGACAGACAAGCAGGUAGUGGACCUUCCUCCAGAAAAGUUACCUAGUACAAAAAAGAUCUCAGAUACAACACUAGCAACUAUCACUUGAAAAUUGGCAUGAGGCAUUAAAACUCACGAGCUAAGUGUAUGGUAAAUGUUAAGUCUUUCUGUUUUACUUUUACUUGAAUCUGUGCUUUUUCUUUGUUUUGAAAUAAUUUAUUGUAUUUUAUUUUGUAAUCAUCUUCAGUGCUAAUUGCUUUUAAAACAACAAUAUGAAUAUCAUGCAACAAUAUAAAGCAAAUGGUUAAAUGUUAAAGUGCAUAUGACAAGUUAAGACUACGCCACCACAAAACAUAGUUAAAGUCUUUAGAUUUACGAUUUCACUAAAGACCUUGUCUAGUUUUUUCAAUUUUAUUUUAAUUUUACUUCCUGUUUGGACACAGGCAGCAGAUGUGACGAGUUUACAUCAUUAUUUAUGUAUUAACAUUAUUGUUAUUUUAAUAGAGCCAUGGUUUACAUGUUGUCUAUGGCCGCGUCUCAUUUCUCUUUCCUCGCUUCCUUCUCCUUGAUUCCUCGUCUCGAUCCUCCAGUUUUCUAGCCUGAUUCAUCAGCUGGUUUUACUUUGUUUCACGUUGUACAAACAGUCUGACCUCGCAGUGUUAGAAUUCGUUCGCUUGACUGUAGGCGGGUACUUUUUAUCAUUUAACCAGUCGCUGCUGUUUGGUCAUGACGUAUGUAAUGCACCGCUAACUGGGCUAACUGGUAUAUUAAGCUUUUCCCAAAUCCCGUAGGAAGAAGGGCAAUAACGUCUUUCCCCUUGAUAAAAUUCACCAAACAUUCUCUUUGUUACAACUUUAAAUCCUCGAUCUCGGGAAUCGUUGACAACACAGAAUGUUUGGCUCUUCGCUGAUUGGCUGGUGCCCAGACUUGCUCUUCCAGGGUUUUUGUAAACCGUUUGUUGUAUUUUGAUUCCUGACCUAGUCGCUGGAGAGAAAUGAAAUUGAUUGGAGGCACUAGGUGACCAGUUUUCAGCUGUCAAUCAAAUGUGUCAUAUUAAGUGGUGUCCCAAAGAAAACCACGGAAGGAAGGAGUAAAUCUGAGGGAGACUUCAUGAGAAGACAUCGGAUAAAAGAAUCAAACUUUAUAGUGAGGAGUUCAGAUUCUCUUUCCUCGCUUUGUCUCCGCUGUGGGUGGGACUUCCUCACUCAUUUCCUGCAGAAUCAAUGAGAGGAAUGAAAGAGAAGGAAGCAAGGAAAGAGAAAUGAGACAUGGCCUAUGUGGACAUGCAUCUAAGCCAUCCUGUGUUUCUGUGAUACUUUUUUAAGUGUCAGUGCAGUAUGAAUCUGGCAAUUACGCGCCGCAUCUGGAACGUUCAUACUUUGGACACUGUUGUUGCAUCCAAACACGUUAAAAAAAAAGAUAUAUCUGUAAAACUAUGAAAACCACAGGUACAGGUACUAUAGCAGCAAACUAAGUCAGAAUUAGAACAAGAAGAAGACGUGUCAUAUAUGCACUUUAACAAUACAUUUCAAGCUACUGUCACAAUAUCACAUAUGAUGAAAGCACUGGUGAAAAUGAAGAAAUGUCGCUGCUAUAAGUGAAAUCAUAGGCUUUCUUGAUCAUUUUGUUUACUUAAAUUUAAAAUAAUUGUGUUUGUGAAUUGAUUCCAGAUUUUAUCUUGUGCACAUGUACUUUCUUGUGGCAUUUCAUAUUUGUGCAAAUGUCAUAAUUUGAAGAUAUAAAGAUUUAUAAAUAA